AUGUCUUCCAACCUUCAUGAUGUAGAAAGAGGAGGCGAACAGACUCAAUACGAAGGCGCCCAAACGGAGUCCAUCCCUCACAAGAAAUCCGGCGGCCAAUUCGGCAACCCCCAAACCACAACCGACCCCUCCCAAACCUCUGAAGCAGCCGCCGAGCGAGCAGAGCGAGGCCAAAAGACCGCAGAGAACAUCCGAUAUGGGCAGACGAUUUCGGAGGGCGGUAUGAGUGGGUAUACGACGGGGCAGCAGGGCGAGGCGAACCAGGGUGGGUUUGGACGGGUGAAGGAGGGGGAGGGUGAGGAUGUGAGCGAUGGGGUGAAGGAGAGGAGGGCGGCGGGGUAUGGAGGGAGCGAGGAUAUGGAUCGGAGUGUCGGGGCUUGA